AUGGAGAUUGGACAGUUACGCGAUCUUAUCGAACGUAUUCCAAACCAAGGCUGCAACAUCUCACAGAUUGAGGCACACAGAAUCGAGUGCUCUCUUAGAAUGUUGCAAAAUUCAACAAAAUCCGAGGCUAUGUAUUUCUUGGGCAAGAUUCUUGCAAUCAACAAAGAUUAUUACAUUGCAUUUUCAACAGAUUACAAUUACUACUACCCAACAAACUUCUAUUGCUCACAGGAUGCUACAUCCUGGAACACUUUACCACGUGUUGAAGAUGCUCUCCUUCAGGAGGCAAUCCAGAUUACAUUGCCAUUAACAGGAAAGCUUAUCAACGAAUUCACAACAAAAUCAGGACGUCACGUCAGCGAAGAGCAGAGACUUUCUUCAAUCGUUUUUGAUCUUCUCGAGCACUGCAUUCUUUUCCCAAGAGGCUAUCUUUGCGAGACAUCUCUAGAAUACGUCCUCUUGAACCCAAUGUGGUCCGGAAUUCCAAUCAAAGAUUGCAGCGAUCUCUCCAACUUCAGACACUGGACACCACGUGCAAAGCCACUCACACCACUCGAAAAGGCUUUCUCAAACCCAGCUUUAGAUUUUACAGAACCACUUGAAGAUCUCAAGGGAUGGCGUAUUGUCGAAACAAACGAUACAAAUGAAGUUCAACUUCGUUCAAUUGUCUUGCCAGGCUUCAUCUUCUCACUUUGCGAUACUGAAUUUGCCAACUGCUACUUUGGAAACGGUAUUUACGAAGGAAAUCUCUUCAAAGAGCCAGAUCAGCAUACAUACGCUAUGAUCAAACCAGGUUACGAAGAGUACUGGGGCAAGGUUAUCGACAGAAUUAUUCAGGAAGGACUUGAAAUUGUCCAAAUGAAAUCCUUCAAGAUGGAUAUGGAUUUCACUUCCAAAUUCUAUGCAGAGCACGUCGGAAAAGAUUUCUUCCCAACACUCUCAGGCUACAUGACAUCUGAUACUGUUGUCGGAAUUGAACUUUCUGGACCAAACGCUAUCGCUAAAUGGCGUGAAAUUAUUGGCCCAACAAAGAAAGAAGUCGCCGUCGAACAGGCACCAAACUCACUCCGCGCACUUUACGCUCGUUCAACAACAGAGAACCUCUGCCAUGGUUCAGAUUCACCAGAAUCAGCUGCUAGAGAACUUGGCCUCGUUUUCGGUUCUCAAUAA